AUGCGCCUCCGAGAGAAACUACAUGAUUUUACGCACGCCUUGCGAGGAUCAUCUCCCAAACCUCCAGGCAGACCUGCGACCGUGAAGCUGCUAGUGCCCGAUGCGCAGCCGCCACCAGAACCACCCAACCAGUCAUCAGCCGUCCAGGCAGAGCCUAAAGACGCCGUACCUCCCCCACAGCGCUUGGAGUUUCAGGGCUGCUGGCGAGAAGCUUAUGAGCAACUCCAGGAAGAAAAUGGAGACAAGGUCCAUACAUUUGAGACAUUCCUCCUGCAGCAGAGCAGGACUGAGGAUACUGUGCGGGCUGAAUCGGAUCCACUUCCGCUUCUGCAAUCCCUGGUGGAGGACCGACUACAAGAGAUAGAGAACUCUCGGUUCAAGAUCACGGUGGCAGGAAAGGAAUUUGUGGUCAGAGAGCAGGCCCGUCGCGCUGUGCACGCCAUACGCUCGGUGAAAGAAUUCAUCUCGACGGCAGUCAGCGCUGAACCGCAUGCAGCCUUGGCAUGGGCUGGGGCCUUGCUGCUUUUACACCCGGUUGCGAAAUCUGUCGUGCAGGACGAGCAUGCCAUGUCAGCAUUCGAGAAUAUCUCCAACAUUCUGGUUCGAUAUAGACUGGUUGAGCGUACUAAUAUAGAGAUAUACUCCAAAAGCUCGUCGGGUGUGUCUCAAAAACCUCCGGAAGAGCUUGGGAUGUCAGUUAGAGCGCAAACUGUGAAGCUGUACGCAAAAAUUCUUGGGUUCCAGAUAAGACUCGCUCAGCACUUUUGCAAAUCCGGAUUUUACCGGUUCGUGGACGAUUUGGGUGUCUCCGACGAUUGGAACGAUUUGCUAGACACCAUCACUCGCAUUGACAAUCAGAUCACCCUGGAUCUGGAUGCCUUGGGUCGCCACACCUUGAAGGAUAUCCACCGCGAAGUGGAUGAAACGCGGCGUCGGUUGGGUGAGUCGUUGGAUCUGAUGGCUGAGGUCAGGGACGAGACAAGGGAAAUCAAGAAAAUACACCUCCUGGACAGACUUCCAGCCUCAAACGGGGCUGUCUUUAGUCCCCGCGAGGAUGAGAAAGAGUCCCGGUGCCUGGAAGAUACCCAGGUUAGCACGCUUAGUCGUAUCCAGGAAUGGUACCAAUCCCCGAUGGGCGAGAGCAUUCAGAUAUACUGGUUGAAGGGAAUGGCAGGCACAGGGAAGUCUACCAUCUCCCGGACAGUUGCUGCUGCUUGUCACAACCGUCAGCCCUUGCUUGCGACUGCGUUGCCCGACACGAAGAAUGCGAUUUGCAAGGCUCUGUCAGACUACCCAGAUAUCUGGAAGAGCAUGAGCGACCAGUGGAAUUAUUUAAUUCUGCAGCCUCUUCUGUCACUACAAAGACAAGCAGCUUUCUUGCCCUUAACCUUGGUCAUAGUGAUAGACGCGCUCGAUGAGUGUGAGAAGACUGAUAUUCAAAGAGUACUGGCGCGUUUUGUGCGGUCACACUCUCAGGGUCUGAGCACUAUCAGAUUACGAAUCUUCAUUACCAGUCGCCCAGAGGCGCACAUUUUCUCUGCUUUUCGCGGAAUACAAGGUCGCUGUGAAGUCCACGAGUAUGACCUGCAGAAAGUCCCUUUCAUGUCUCACGCCAAAAAGGAAGACGAUAUAACAAGAUUUCUAAGGCUCGGAAUGGCCGAGGCUUGCAAAGCAAAUGAGUUCCCAGAAGACUGGCCCGGGAAAGCAACAAGGGACAAGAUUUCUUUGAAGGCUGAUGGAUUAUGGAUCUUCGCAGCGACUACAUGUCGCUUUUUCCAAGAGCCUGGCUUGACUCUGAGUCGAGCAAAAGUCCGCUUGGACCUGAUCCUCGACGAAGAGGUUACAGAUGGGACACCGCAGCACAAUUUGGACGCCAUGUACCGUCGUAUAUUGAAGUUUUCUGUCAUUGGUAGUGCCACCAAGCCAGAGAUAAAACUGAUCUGUGGAUCUUUCAAGAAGAUCAUCGGAACCAUUGUUGUUCUGUUUGAACUGUUAUCGAAAACUGCGCUCAGUCACUUGUUGUCUUUGGACGAGUCCGAAUUAGACGACACAUUCAAGGGGCUCUAUUCCGUUUUAUCGAUCAGCGAAGGCCAAAAGGGCACGGUCAAGCUCCUACACCUGUCUUUCCGUGAUUUCCUCCUCUCCCAACAAAGAUGUUCGGACAAGAGAUUCUGGAUCUGCGAAAACACCACACACUACAAUGCAAUGAAAGCUUGCCUUUAUACCCUAUCGGUUAAGCUGCAAGAGAACUUCUAUGGCCUCCCACACCCGUCUGCAGGUCCUGCGGACAUUGAUCGCUUCCCGGCCCCUUUCCAUCUCCAGUACGCAGGUUUAUACUGGGUCGACCAUCUUCAGCACUCUGCCUUUGAUCCUGGUGAUAAUGGGGAAGUUCACAACUUCCUAAAAACUCACUUUCUCCACUGGAUUGAGUUCAUGAGUGCCAGUCAUAAGUUGCAUGAAGCUGUUUCUGCCCUAAUGUCACUGACGGAAUAUAUUUCCAGAUUGCCUGAUACAGGGAGAACAGAGCUCCGCGACUUCCUUCAGGAUGCUAGGCGGUUUAUGCUCAUGUUUCGCACUGUAAUCGAAAUUGCACCCUUGCAAAUCUACCGUUCAGCUCUCGUCUAUUGCCCGGAAAUGAGUAUCAUUCGAAAACACUUUCAGGAAAAGAUCCCCAAGUCGUAUAGCAGCCUCCCCACUGUCGAAAGCGAAUGGAGUCUUUUGUUACAGACAUUUGAAGACCGGGGGGAGGAUGUAGCCUUAUCUCCAGAUGGAAAGCUGGUUGCGUCUCCAUCUGUCCGAAUUUGGGACGUCACCACUGGUACACUGCUGAAGACUUUUGAACCUUUGGGUCGUGGAGCAGUUGUCGCAUUUUCCCCCGAUGGAGAAUUCCUACUAUCUUUAUCUUCGCAGGGAAAUUUACGAGUCUGGGACCUGGCCACAGACGAACUCCGACAGGAGGUGAAAUCUUUAUCUGAGGAUAGGAUCGCUUCCCAUACCCACGUCUUCUCCCAUAACAGGUCAAUGGCUGCCUGUGCAUCCGAUACAGAGAUACAAUUGAUUGAUGUGGUAAACGGUAAGGCUACCGAGCCACUUAACAAUCAUUCCAAGAUAAACAACUUGACGUUCUCCUGGGAUGGCCAAGUACUAGCUUCAGCAUCUGUUGAUAUAGUCCGGAUCUGGGACACACGAACGCAUUCGCAAAAGGAGCUACGUGACAAUGAAGCUUAUGGUAGAGCUAAUUACCAUCGCGUUGCAUUCUCCAACGACAUCAGGGCGAUUGCCGCUUUGUCUGGCUCAAGUACAAUAAGAAUCUGGGAUGUGGCCAAAGGAACCUUAAUACACAAGCUGGAGGUUGCCCUCUCUUCGGAUAUUGUGUUCUUGCCAGAUAAUGAGACCCUAUUAUCGAGCGGCGCAAAGAAUGUCCAUGCCUGGGACUUUCGAUCCGGGAAGCUCUUGAGAACAAUUGAUGCGGAUUGCACCGGAUUGAGAGUAUCUCCGGAUGGCAAGCUCUUCACAAGUAUGGCGGCAAUGAUGAGUUCCUGUGGUACAAUCCCUAAUGGGCCUAUUCGUGUUUGGGACACUGCAACGGGCGCAUUGCCCAAAGAGAUUGGCAAACAAGACAGUAGGUAUCAAGCAUUGUUCUCAACAGAUAAUAGCAUCUUGGCGAUUGCGUCGGAAGAUGCGAUCCGGCUGUGGGAUCUUAAUACGCAAUCAAUGCCAGAGUCCAGGAAGGCCGGAGACAAUACCCUUUCCCUUGGAGGAUUCAAGCUAUCGCCCAGCCAGACCACAGCCACCUGUAUCAGAGGGGGUAUGAUUAGUCUCUGGGAUUUCAAAACCGGUGUGAUUCAUGACGUGGCCAAGCACUGCUUCAGAGUGCAGGGUGAUUCGGAAGUGCCAGACGGAAGUGAUCUGUCUGUGAAGAUUGUGCCGGGCUACCGAAGCUGGGCGGAAGGUCGUCGCUCAAUGUUGUUUUCCCCAGACAGCAAUUUGCUCCUUACAACCCACUUUAGAGGGGGCGAGCUGUGGGACACUGCGACUAGAAAGCGCGUUUGGAGCAACCACGAUAUCGGUGAGGGGAUAUGGGCGUUCAGCCCAGAUGGCAGCCUUCUGGCAUACGGAUUUGAGGAGGUUGGGCCUGGUCCUGAUUCAAGUUCUUCAAGCAAACACCCCUCCAUCAUCAUUUGGGACGUCCAGGCCCGCACGCCACUGCGCACUUUGGAAAGACCUAACCAAAAGAUCGAGGGGCUGGCUUUCUCCCCAAAUAACAAAAGACUUGCAUGUAUUUGGACAGAAAUGAAGGUUCUGGAGAUACGGGAUGUAACAGACGGACUGCGAUGCACAGCGCACAGUACUCUCGCAGAUCUGAAGGGCCCAAUAGUAUGGUCUCCCGAUGGGAAGAUGGUUUCUUGUGGCUCUCAUGCUGAGAAUAUUCUAUUUUUCUGUGCAAACUCAGGGAGAUUCCUGUGGUCACUUGACGACUGCAGGGAGAGAGAUCUUCUUGCCUUUGCAUUCUCUCCAGACGGGAAGCUUCUGGUAUCAACCGAUGACGAGAAAGGUGGUUUCGUCGCGUCGACAAAGACAAUCAGUUUAUGGGAAAUCAACUCUCAGAGGCUGAUAGGAACUCGGAGGAAUUCUGGUGAAAUUUACGGUCUCCUUCGGUUCUCCGACGAUGGCAAGACAAUCCAUUCCAACUUUGGCCGAAUGGAUGUUAGAGCCUUCUACCCAGAGCCAAUCUGCCACGAGGAUUUGUUUCUAUCUGAGAACUGGAUUUGGUAUGGAGAAAAUGAAGCCAUCUUGCUUCCUCAUGACUAUCGAGCAACGCGUGCCACUGCUACAGGAAAUACUCUUGUCACACGACAUGAAACGGGCCAGGUUACUCUACUUGGUUUUGAGGAGAAGAAAUGA